AUGCAUCUUUCUAUGACGCGUCGCCUGAUGACGAAACUGGAGUGGGACACGACGAAAUGCCCCCUCUCCCAGAUGACACGCAACUGGUCACUGGAAAGUUCGUCACCCUUCUUUGCGGAACGGGUGGGACGAAACUGCCUGGGAACGGUCGCCGUCGGAAAAGGGGUAGGGGUACACACUGGUACUUCCAAUAAUCCCCUUCCGGGGCCCCGAGUGCGUCUACGCGCGACAUCGCCUUGCGGCAAUGACGCGGAGUUAGGCGCCGCAACUUCGGGCACGGGUUUGAAUCCCGCAUCGCCCAGUGCCUACCAAGUUCUCGCGCGCGCAGAGGUCUCUGUCGCGCGCGAAUCCCCCCGGUCUCCGGCCCCGAUUUUGGGUGCCAUCAUUGAACGGGAAGAGGCCUGGCGACCCCCCGUUGGUACCUCCGAAGCUACCUUCGACAAUAUACUUGGUUUAAGUAUAGGAGUCGCCGUGGCUUCUCGAAACGCGCAACAAAACGCGCGGACGGCCACGGAUCAAGGUAGCGCAGCGUGCGUCGGCCCGUUCGGGGCCUCAAGCACACCGCUCGCCGCCUCCUCCGCGCGCCGUUUGGCUUCCCCCGCCUCGCCGGACGCUACCGCCGCUGCCGUGGCCUCGCAGGAUGAAGAUGCGAUUGUUGGCAUACCCGGCAGGGCGGGCGUUACGCUGCCCGACCGGGUAUCGCCGACACAAGGACAAGGACUGCAGAGCGACGGCUCCCCGGGCGCAAGCAUGCGGCGCCCGGGUACCAAGACGUGCACCAAGGGCAUCUACACGUUACGGAGCGCCCUCCCAGACGUGGGAGCGGCCGAAGACACUGCUAGCGAUGAUGUUGGGCCCGGCAGGGCGGCAAGCAUGCUGCCCGACCGGGUCCAGCAUGGACAUCUACAGAGCGUCGGCUCCCCGGGUGCCCACAGGCAGCCCCCGGGUCCAGACGCGUGCGCAACGGUUCCCCCCGCCCUCCCGCUCGCUCCGGAAGCCCCCGCCGCCGCUCGAGGCCCCGCGAUUGUUGCUGCUAGACCCGGCAGGGCGGCACGCAUGCUGCACGACCGGGUGCAGCUCGGGUCCGCGCUCGUAGCCGCAACGGCUCGCGCACUGGGUGCCUUCCAAGGCCCCAGCGACCCAGAGGAUAGCGAAAACAGCGACGGCGGGGCCCCCGACGACGACACUGCCUCCUCGAUGGACGACGACGCUGCCUCCUCCUCAAGUGAUGACGACCGGCUCGGGCAUGUAGCUACGGAGCUGCCUGCCCGAGCUGGGUACACUGCAGUGGCCGCGGCCGCUCCCGCGGGCAUGCACGCUACCAUCAGCGAGGCCGUGUCCACUGCAGCAAUUGUUUAUGAUGUUGUUGAUGUCUCACGUACCUGUGACGACCGGCUCGGCUGGCAGACACCCAUACUGCCCGACCGAGCCGGGUGCGACGCUCCGAUGCCUUGCGGCAACGAGUUGUCUGCUGGGCCCUGCCCCCAAACCGAUGACUGCACACCCGGCAGGGCUGGUACCAUGCUGCCUGCGGGUCCUGCACAGGCUCCUGCCACGACCGCUGCCGUCCCCAUGGAGGUUGACCACCAUGUACCGGGCACGCCGCCUCUCGUGCUCCGCCUCGGCGGCAAGCGUCGCCGCUUGAGCGAUGACGCCGACGACGACCCGCGCGAGCAAGCCGAGCAACUGCUGCUCGAGGACGUUGAGGCCGGCCCCAAGCACUCAGCGCUUUGGCCAUCCACGGCUAGCGCACUCCCGGCCUCCGUCCUGGCCGUGUAUGCCCACAACGCGCAGCGCUUCACGUGCACACUGUGUACAUACACGGCCUCAAGCUUUGCUGCGCUCAAGCGACACAGGGACUCACGGCACCGACGCAUCUCCUUCCUCGACCGCUUCUCGGCAGGUUGUGCGUGCGGCACGCCUUUCGUAUCGAGGCUGGCAGCAGCAAACCACGCUCGCGCGUGUGCCAGCCUCCGCGACACUUCGGCUGCGACCGCGUCAGCAGCCGGGGAUCUCAGCCCCACUGCUGGUGCAGUCAAUGCCACCGCUACGGUGGCCCACACCGAACCCGUGCUGCCCCGCCAAGACCCUCCGGUGCUCACUGUGUCCCCCCCACAGUCGAGCACCACUCAUGACAGCGUGGUGGUGUCAAGGAUUGCCGACCGUCUCCUCCCGCCAGAGUUAACGGAGGAGGAGGAGACCAAGGCUGGUGACAGCGACGACGAGGACGUCAACGACGACCAGGACAUGGACGGCGAGUGGCUGCUGCGCCUUGACGAUGCCUGCCGGGCAAACCCUGGGCCUGGCGGCGCCGGCGCUGCGCUAUUCAAGCCCAGCGGCCCCGUAGUGUGGACGUGUUCCCACUACAUGCCGAGCAGCGGCGAAACCAACAACACGGCCGAGGUGACAGCACUUGUCAUCCAGCAGGUGCGUGGCAUAUUCGCCACACGCAACAAGCGCCUGAGGCUAAUGCGCAUUGCGGUCAAGGCGGAGCUGGCGCGGAUGGAGCGGGCAACGCUUCAUCCCAUCGACAGGCAGGCGAAUGGUCAUGCCGACCGCCUCGCCAACGCCGCUCUUGACCGCCGCGCGACCGAGUUGGAGUGCGGGGUGCAUACCGAUGGACAUGGAUGCACCUCCACCUCCACUCUGGCCCCUGCACCCGCAGCUACACCCCCGCCUGCCACACCGCAUGUCGCGGUGGACACGGAUGUCCCCCCAAGCCCCGUCGAUGACGACAACAUGGGGGACAUCGACGAUGGCGAGGUGUAUGCAGCGAUGAGUGUGGGGCCGGAUACAGUGCCUCAUCGCCGGUCGCGACUGCGCCUACGGCAGCUAAACGAAGACGAGGAAGAGGCUGCGGGCAAGUUGGUGGAGCGGCUAGCAGCGAGGCUAGCUGCCAAGAUAACGGACGCUGAUGACUGGGAGGAGGCGGAGGGCUACAUCACAGCCCUCCCGUAUGCGCUGUACGAUCAACUGCAGCCUUACUCCCAGACACAGCACCCCGCCCAACCUCACUCCCAGCGCCCGCAGCUGCACUAUCCAGACGUGCGUCCUGCCAGGCGACCGGAGCCACACCAAGGUCCGGCGCAGGCCGUGACGCUAGACGGUCAGCGCCAAGGUGGCAGCCGUUCACGUCGUCGCCGUGGUCACUCCGGUGGUGGCAUGGGGCGCCGGCGCACACGUCCGCCCCGUGUGACACGUCAUCACCGUGAGUACCGGCUUGACGAGGCUCUGGACGCCAUGCAUGCUGUCCAGCGUAGCGAGCCGGGCAACCGCAAGGUUGUUGCCAAGGCACGUCGUCGUGUGGGGAGGAUCAACUCCUCCAUUUCACAGCAACGCCUCCGCCACCUCUUCGAGACUUCGGAGAAGGUGUGUGUUGAGAGCAUCCUGGCGACGGCUCGGUCCAAGCGCGAGGCAGAUGAGGCUGCGGCUACGCCAGCCAGCACCUCUGCGCCUCCGCCGGACUGUGUGGACGUGGAGGAAGGCACCUGCCCUAUUCCAGGGGAGAGCCUGCACCGGUUCUUUACCGAGGUGAACACCCCGGUGGGUGCCUUCGACCCUAUGGCGCCAGUCGGAGCCUCGUUCCGCGCGGCCAUGGACCGCCUGCCUCCAGCGACAGUUGACAUGGCGCUGCUCACGGAUGGGCCGUCUUCGCAUGAGAUCGAGGACCAAGUGCAGCGUGCGCGUGGCAGUUCCAGCCCUGGCUUGGACGGUGUCGGCUAUGACAUCUUCAAGCUGUUCACGGCCCAGCUUCUGCCCGCCCUGCAUGCGGCGUUCGCGCGCUGCUGGCAGUCCAAGCGUGUGCCGCAGAGCUGGAAGGUUGGCGUGGUGCGCCUGCUGCACAAGAAGGGCGAUCGGCUCGACCCAUCCAAUUGGCGGCCGAUCUGCUUGCAGCAGGCCAUCUACAAGUUGUACGCCGGCGUCUUGUCGCGUCGCUUUACGCGCUGGCUCGACGUCAACGGUCGCCAUGCCGACGCGCAGAAGGGCUUUCGAGCCAUGAACGGCUGCGGGGAACACAACUUCCUCGCAGCCAUGCUCGUCGACCAAGCCCGCCGCAAGCAUCAAGAGUUGCAUGUCGUGUGGUACGACUUUGCUAACGCUUUUGGUAGCGUGCCACACGACUUGCUAUGGGAAGCGCUACAACGGCAGGGUGUUCCGCCCGAGUUUGUCGCUUGUUGCCGUGGUCUCUACGCAGGCGCAGCGUUUACAAUUGGUAACGCUGUGGAUGGGACCACGGCACCGAUCGCGUUGAAGGUGGGCGUGUUUCAAGGCUGCCCUCUCAGCCCCCACCUCUUCACCGCCGCGAUCGCCCCGCUGCUUCACGCGCUCAAGUCGCUGCCGGACACUGGAGUGAAGCUGUCAAGCGAAGACCGUCCCGGUGCUGCUGCUUACGCAGACGACUUGAAGACAUUCAGCAGCACCGUGGACGGUUACCAGCGUCAACAUUCGGUGGUGCAAGACUUCCUACGCUGGACUGGCAUGAAGGCUAACUCGCUGAAGUGCAGCACCAUGUCAGUCCAGCGAGAUGUGCGUGGUCUCCACCAGACCAGCGACCUCGGGCUGCAGCUGAACGGCACCCCGAUCCCCGCGCUCAGCGCCUCCGACUCUUACCAGUACUUGGGGAUCGGGGAUGGCUUCGACCAUGUGCGCCGUCGCGUCGAGCUGGGCCCAGCUAUCGCCCAGCUCAAGCAUGAUGCGACGGCACUGCUGCAGUCCGGGCUGGCGCCGUGGCAGGUGGUCAAGGCGGUCAAGGUGUACCUUUACCCGCGCGUCGAGUACGCCCUCCGGCACUUGCGACCGUUCGCACAGCAGCUGGAGGGCUUCGAUCGCCACCUUGUUCGCGGUUUGGGGCUUCUGCCCUUGACGGAGCUGCACGGGGCACUUCAAGUGGCGCAUGGGUGGCAGAUGUUGCACUCUUCUGACCCUGCCACCCAGCGCAUUGCCCGCCAGCAGCUCCGUCAAAUUGCAGAGGCCCGCUACAAGUUGGAUGUCGUGCUGUGGAAGGACCGUGAGGAGGAACUGGGCGAGCUCCUUCUCAACAGUAAGCUGGGGGCGUCGGACCCAGCGCCGCCCAAGCGAAGGAAUGCGGACAUUGGGUCGCUGUGGUUCGACGUCCGGGGUCACCUUCACCGCUUCGGCCUCCAGUUUGAGAUGAUGCCAGCGGUGGAGGAGACGGGGACGCCGGCCAAGAGGUUGCAGCUUCGCGUGCCCCACCACGACGGUUGGUUGGACCAUAGGGAUGUCCUUCGGCACGUGAAGCUGCACCUCAAGAACAAGCACUGGAAGCGAUGGGCCGCGAUGAAGGACCAAGGGAAGGCUGCUCGCACCUUUGGUGGUGCUGGCAGCGCCUUCCUCUCGCGGCCCCGUGGUCUUUGGGAGAGCGACUACCGCUUUGCGGUGGGUGGUCGUCUCAACCAGCCGGAUACCCACAGUGUCUUGAAGCGCCGGCGUCUUCGGACGCACGACACGUGUCGAUUCCCUGGCUGCUCAAGGACCGAGACGCUGGCACGUGUGUUGAAUCACUGUGCCGGCACCAUGGAUGCAGUCCGCACCCGCCACGACGACGCUCUGACGAUCAUUGAACGGGCGAUAGCGUCGUCGGCGGGUGAUCGGAAGGAAAGGGUUGAUCUGAGGGUUAACCAAACCGUACCCUCGCUCCCCGGACCUGCUCUGCGGCCGGACUUGCAGGUCUACAACCACACCACACGUUCGGUGUCGGUUGUAGAUCUGGCUGUGGCCUUUGAAGACCAAGCUACAGACGACCCGAGGACGUCGUCGCUCGCGCGGAUUGCUGCGCUCAAGCGCGCCAAGUACGACUGCGUCAAGCGACACCUUGAGCGUCAAGGUUGGACGGUUCAACUUUCGUCGCUCGUCUACGGUUCGCUUGGUGCAGUCGCCGGUGGUAACCUUGCGGUUUACACCGAGCAACUUGGCGUGCUGAAGCGCGAUGCGAAGCGGCUGGACAGGCACCUUUCUGCUGAGUGCAUUAAGUCCAGCCGCCGCAUAUGGAAUCUACAUUGCAGCCAACACCGCGCGAGGCAGCAGGACCAAGGUGAAGUUCAAGGUUCAAGUCGAGACCUGUUCCAAGGACGAAGACAUGGACGCUCAAGACAAGAUGCAAGGGGCAGCCGAGUGACGGGGACCGGGGGGAACCCGUCACAUCAAGGCCGCCGCUAG